GCUUCGUCAAAUUCUGUUUUGUACAUGGCAACAUUUAGAUAUACUUCUUUAAACCGUGUGGCGAUGUGUAUAUAAUUAUAAUAGUAAAAAAAUAUAAAUAUGUUGGAAUACGAGAAUCAAAUGUUUUUGGAAGUGCUCCAUGAAGAUGGUCUUGUUAUUACUGCAAAGGGACUUGGUAUAGAAACUGUGUUUAUGAAUAUAUUAAGAACUUAUAUAGAUCCAGGAAACUUGGUUAUAGUUCUAGGAACUACGUCUCAAGAUGAACAGUACUUUAUUGAUAGAUUAAAAAAAUUUGAGAUAAACCAAUUACCCCGUGUUAUAACCGCAGAAUGUUCUUCAGAUGAAAGGUCGAUAAUAUAUCUAGAAGGAGGUGUUUUAUUUAUAUCCGGUCGAAUUUUUGUAGUGGACUUAUUAAAAAAUAGAGUUCCAUUAAAUUUAAUCACUGGAAUUCUCGUUUAUAGAGCACAUAACAUUCUCAAUUUGUAUCAAGAGGCAUUCUCUCUUCGUUUAUAUCGACAAAAUAAUAAAACAGGCUUCAUCAAAGCUUUUACUUCUUCAGCAUUGGCAUUCACUGUUGGCUAUGCACGGGUAGAACGAGUAAUGAAGGCAUUAUUUGUAAAGAAAUUGUAUUUAUGGCCACGUUUUCAUUCACUUGUACAUAAUAGUUUAGGCCAGCAUAAGGCUGAGGUGAUCGAAUUACAUGCAAAAAUCACAUCCAAAAUGCUGAACAUACAAAUUUGUUUACUUGAUCUAAUGAAUUAUGUAGUUAAAGAAUUGAAAAGGCUCAAUAAAUAUUUAGAUUUAGAUGAAUUGAAUACUGAAAAUGCAAUUGCAAGAAAGUUUCACAAGCAGUUGCAAUCACAAUUAGAUCCUAUUUGGCACCAACUUAGUCCGACAUCGAAACAAUUAUUAUCUGAUUUAAAAACAUUAAGAGCUCUUCUAGCCUGUUUGACAUAUGAAGAUUGCGUGUCAUUUUAUUCAAUGUUAAACCGUUUACGCACUAUGGAAUACGCUGUAAAAAACAGUGGUUGGUUAAUGUUAGAUUGUGUGGACGUGUUAUUCAAAAAUGCAAAAAAUAGGGUUUACAAUGAGAAAACAGGCGAAUUAAAGCCAGAGUCAAAUCCUAAAUGGGCUGCUUUAACUGAAAUAUUCCUGGAAAUUCAACAUCAAAAUAAAAAAAGAAAAGACUGCAAAACUAAUGACAAAAUUCUUGUUUUGGUACACGAUCGUAAUAUAUGUCGCCAAUUAAAAAAUUACUUAACUAUGGGUUCUGAUGAAUAUCUGCUAUUCGAGGCAAUGAAGAAACUUUCUCACAAAGAAAUGCAGACAACAAGAGAAAAAGAAACUGAAAAAGAAUCAACAUCAGAAGAGAACGCUAAUAAUGAUACAGACGAGAACGAGCAAGAUAGUUAUAUGUUAACGUUAAGUCAAAAAGUUUCUGAAGAAAGCCAAUCUGAUUUAGCAGAAGAAAAGGACAAACAUGAAACUUUAUUUGAAAAAUGUUCACAAAUCGGAGAAUUAGAUUUAUCCAACAUAACAGCGGAUGUACCUAUCAUUUUAAUACAAUCUUUGAAAAGAAAUGAUGAUCCAAUGUCUUUGCAACGUGCUUUGGAAGAACAUAUGCCAACAAAUAUUAUUAUGUAUGUAGCUGAUAUUUCUGCUGUGCGACAAAUUGAAGUUUACCAAAAUAAUAAUCCGUCGAUAGAUUUAAAAGUAUAUUUUUUAAUCUAUGGAGGCUCUGUGGAAGAACAAGAAUAUCUGACAUCGUUGCGUCGAGAAAAGGAAGCGUUUGAAAAAUUAAUCAAUGCCAAAACCACAAUGGUCAUUCCUGAAGACCAAGACGGUAAAACUGACGAUUGUUUUAACGAUACGGUGCAAGCAGAUCCAAACAUCGAAGAAAAUACGCGUAAAGGUGGAAUAUCAACUCUAUCCAAAGUUACCAACACUGUCAUAGUUGAUAUAAGAGAAUUUAGAAGUGAACUUCCUGCAAUACUUUACACAAGAGGCAUGAAGGUUGAACCUAUGACAUUACUGGUUGGCGAUUAUAUUUUGUCACCAGAAAUAUGCGUGGAAAGAAAAAGUAUUUCAGAUUUAAUUGGUUCACUAUCUAGCGGUAGAUUGUACAACCAGGCUGUAUCCAUGACGAGACAUUAUGUCCAGCCAAUGCUUUUGAUAGAGUUUGAUCCAAACAAAGCAUUCUGCUUUCAGGGACACUAUUACGCUAGCUCAGAUGUACAAGAUAUGACCAUAACUUCUAAGUUACAACUGUUGACUCUACAUUUUCCACGAUUAAAACUUAUAUGGUCACCUGGACCUCAUGCAACAGCACAAUUGUUCGAAGAGUUAAAGCUAGGAAAACCCCAACCAGAUGCUACAAAAGCUGCUCAGGUCGGAAUUGAAGAAAAUGAUCAGAUAGAAGCAGCAAAAUAUAAUUCACACAUUCACGAUUUUAUCGCCAAACUACCAGGUGUGACCACUAAAAAUUUGUAUUCAAUUCUGAAUAAAGGACAAUCACUAGAUCAUCUUGUCAAACUUACAAAAGAAGAAAUAACGGAAAUGAUAGGAAAUAAAAAUGAAGCACAAAUGUUAUACAAUGGGCUUCAUGAAAAAUGUUCUGCAGCCGAUGAAAAAUCGGCUACUACUGCUAAAAAAACCGUCUUUAGUAGAGGGCGGGGAAAAAGACUGUUCACAAAAAUCAAGCAAUGAAAUAUGUAUAUGUAAUAUACUGUUAAAUCAUAUUUUGCACGUGUUUGGAACUUGUUUGUAAUCGAUGUGUACUGUGUCAGAAAUUAUGUGAUACAAAAAAGGAUUACGAUAAAAUAAAUAAAUAAGAAAAAGUUUGUAUCUGUA